CAUCGUCGCCGUCGCUGAAAAGUCGGGGGAAAAAAAAGAAGUAUUGUGUCGCGUCCCUUUGGGCACCGUACGUACGUGGUGUGUCGAUCGUGCGCGUGCUUUCGAACUGCUGCUGUGAAGGUUGGUGUUUCAUCUCCAAAAGAACUACGUCGCCGGGUUUGGGGGAACGUAACGCAACGGAAGAAACAUGGCCGACGACAAGUAUGGACGAAGCGACAGCUACAGAGUUGCAGUUAACCCGAGGGUUCCCGAUGACGGCCGGACGCCAGACGGGCGGCCUAGGGCUCGGCGGAAGAUCGGAAAGAAGGAAAAGGAACAGAACUUGGAUGACCUCAAGCAGGAAGUGUCGAUGGAUGAGCACAAAAUCCCCAUCGAAGAACUUUAUGCACGACUUGGCACGAAUCCAGCCACAGGCCUCACAUCACAACAAGCUAGGGAAGUUUUUGAAAGGGACGGUCCAAACUCUUUAACACCCCCUAAGAAGACACCAGAAUGGGUCAAAUUCUGUAAGAACCUCUUUGGGGGUUUCUCCUUACUACUGUGGAUUGGCGCGGUGCUCUGCUUCAUCGCAUAUUCCAUCCAGGCAGGCACAUUUGAGGAACCGCCCGAUGAUAAUUUGUACCUGGGGGCAGUAUUGGCCAUUGUAGUUAUUGUAACAGGUUGUUUCUCCUACUAUCAAGAAGCCAGGAGUUCAAAAAUUAUGGAGUCUUUCAAAAACAUGGUUCCACAGUAUGCCAUAGUGAUCCGUGAUGGACAAAAGUUACACCUUCCCGCUGAGGAGGUUGUGGUGGGAGACGGGUGUGAGGUAAAAGGUGGUGAUCGAAUCCCUGCUGACAUCCGGGUCAUCCAAGCACAAGGUUUCAAAGUGGACAACUCGUCCUUGACCGGAGAAUCUGAGCCCCAGACGCGCUCGCCAGAGCUUACGAACGAGAAUCCGCUGGAAACGAGGAACUUGGCCUUCUUCUCCACCAACUGUGUUGAAGGUGGGUUGGAAAAGUAGCUUUGGGAUGCGAAAGUAUGAGAACUACUGUG